CCAAUUCUCUCACCUUCCUAACACACAGAUAUUUCCACAAAGAGAACAAACUAUUGUUCCGAUCGGGGGCGGCGGUGGUGGCAAAGUGGAAGUCGUGAUCUUACGACAUGGCUGAGAACGAAGAAAAUAUUAUGAGAAACCCUAAAUUGCCAAGUUUUGUGCGAAAUAAUCGACAGAAAUUAAAUAAUGUGGAUCAAAAGAAAGAAGAAAUUAAUCUACCUGAGACGAAGUCUGAGGUAGUCACUAUUCCGGCACCGGAAGUGGUUCCCCCUCCGCCGAUUAAGGCUGAGAUCAAGCACCAUGGGAAGUUUUCACAUCCGGCAAUCGUGUGGUCGUUAUGUGCUUUAGGAGGAUUUUUCAUCAUAAAGUUUGCUUGGAAAAAAUGGAAACCUAAAGACGACGAAACGAAAAAAAAAUAAUAUCUCAACUCCAUAUUGGAAGCAAUCCAUAAUUAAUUUUAAGCAUUUCAAAUUUAAUGCUCUUUGUUACUCUAUAUUUACUGAUUUGUAAUGUGAUUGCUCAUUUAUUUAUAAAUUUGAGCCAUGAUAAUAAGGCUUUUAAUGAUAUUCUUUGAUUACUAUGGUUGUUGUAAUAAUUACUCCACUAAAGAUUAUUUAAGAAAAGUAAAUACUAGCAAUUACUCCA